AUGGUAUCAUUAAAUUUAAUUAAUAGAUUAUCAAUUUUAUCGUUUAAAAAUAAAAAUACUGAUUAAUAUUUAAAUAAAUAAAUAAUUUCAAAAUUUAAUAAAAUCAAAUAAAUUUAAUUGGAAAUUUGUUUCAAAUUAAGAGAUAUGGAGAGCAUAGUUACAGGAAUCGUUUCACUUAUAUUUAAAAUACUUGAUAAAUAUGUUGUUUAUAAUAUGGCUACAUCAUCAAUUAUACCUAAGUUAAGUCUAUUUUGUAUUUUCGCUCUGAUAGAAUUUAUAAUUGUUUUCUCAGUUUUAGAGAAUAUAUUGGAAGAUGUAAUUAAGGCUUGCUUUAAAUUUUACAGGAAUCAAACUCCUCUUUCUUCUCAUCUAGAUAUUUAAAGCUUUAUUACCCUUUUAAUUACUGUACAUUCAGUUAUUAACAAAGCCUUAAUAUAUUCAGGAUACGGUUUUUUUGAUUCAUUUUUAAUUUCUCUAGCAGUAUUGUUUGGGGUUAUAAUAUUUAUACUUGAAUAAUAUAAUUUCAUUUAUAGAUUUGUUUCGUAUGAUGAAAAGAAAGCUAUAAUUAGUAAAAAGUAGAAAAUAGAAGAUUCCUAUGGUUAAAAUAAUUAAGAUUCUUUUGUUGUUAUUUCUUUUGAAGAAGAAAAAUCUAUUUCAAAUAGGAUACAAACUUAAAAAGAUAAAAAAGCAAAUCAAAAGACAGCAGAUAAAUAAAUUUACAGCAACUAAACUGUCUAAAUAACUCAUUUAUAUUGGGUUUUAAAUAUAAUUUAUUUAAUCUUUAUAAAAUGGAUGCUUAAAAAGUAUAUUGAUUCUUCAACAAGCGAUUUUUAAAAAUUUAAAUUUAUGCUUGUUGAUUUCUUUUUUUUAUAUCCAAUACUAUCUGGAAGCCAUAAAAUACAGAGUAUAUAACUAUAAGGGGUUUUAAUAUUAAACAUCUUAUCUUAAUGUUUUCUUGUAAAUAUCUAGGAGGUUCAUAUCUUAAUAACUUAUAUUGCAUUAGUUUUUAUCGUCAAAAAAUAUGGUAAAAGCAUUCUGAAUUUAGUGAUAAGUAUAUUAGUAUUGGUUUAUUUAAAUGAUUUCAUAUUGCAGUUUAUCAUUCAUUAAACAAGAAUGCACUUUUCGAUUAAAAUAAUUUUUAAUAUUAUUGGACUCUCUAUGCUAUGCUUCUUUUAUAGAGUAUCACACGAAGGUUUGAUAUAUGCUUCAUUUUUACCUGCUAUUUAGUUUAUUUUAUUUAUGAUAUGGUUCUUUGUGUUUGUUUUUCAUAUUGAAAAGCAAGUUUACUCAACUUAAAGCUAUUUGACUGAUUUGAUAAAAGAGUAAGCUGGCUUAAUAGUGCUGCUAAAUUUUGAGAUUGCAAUUUUAAAUAAGAUUAGCAAUAAAAUAAGUAAUUACCUAUAUUAGAUCUAAAAUACUAUGUAACAUCAAUAUUAGCAGAAUAUAAUCUUUGAAAUUUUAAAUGACAAUGUCUUCUAAAUCAUUUGGUACCAAGAUCCUCUAAUGAAAAUGUCUCUAAAAAAAAUGAAUACCUUAUAAUUCUAUGUUUGCUUUGCGUUCAUGCACUUAUUCUUUGGUUCUUCAAAUAUGUUUUCAUUCAUAGCUUUCUAAGUUAUAAUGAAUCCAUAUUUUUGGAUAAGUAGCUUUCAGAAUAAGAGAUACUUUACUUUUAUAAUUGUUACAUUUAGCUAUGUUAGCAAGUAUAUGUUAAAUAAAGGAUUUCAUUUUAUAUUGAAAUACUUGAUUAACUGUACUUUGGUGAUUUUCUCAUGGAAAAAAAGUUUACUGGCAAAUCUAAUUCCUGUAAUAUUUGAGAAUUACACACAAAUUAUGUCAUAAGAGAACAGCAGGUUUCAAAUAGUUAAUGCUAAGAGCAAUGACUAUACUAGUAACUGGGAGAUAUUUAUUGUAUCUGUUUCUUUCCUUUCUGCAAUAGGGUUUUUAGUAUCCAAUUCUCUUAUAAAUAAUAUAACGAAAAGAAUUAGAGAUUUGCUAGUCCCAUUUAUGAUUUACUUUUUGAUUUUCUAAGAUUCAAGCUCAUAAUCUAAAUAUAUAUGCUUGAAUUUUAUGCUUUCAUUUGUAUAAGAUUUGGGUAUACUAACUAAAGAUAUGUGA